UUUUUGAAAAUGUCGGAAAUUCCGUGACCCGGAAGUACUGUUUCAGUGUCGCUGAUAACACUGGUGAAGAAAGAUGGCAGCAGCUGGAAGAGCAAUUGCGCAGGUUGUGCGCCUUCACGCGCCACUUAUAAAGUUUCCUAAUCGCCUUAGUGACCCAACACCCUAUGUCCAAGAGGUGCUGAAAAUGGGAGUUGCCGCAGCACAGCAGUCCAGUGGUACACAUAGUUCACCUAUGACCUCUGCACUAGUGCCCCUGACUCGCCUCCCGGGAACCCCAGAUACUGCUGCAACUAUCAGAGAUCUUCCCCAGAGGUAUCGAAGAAGGAUAGUUGCUCCAGAGGAGAUGGAGUACAUCCAGCGUGGUGGACCAGAGUAACAGACAUUUUCACUGAUAACCUGCCAAACCAUUAUCUGGACAUUUACUCAGCACUGUAUAGCUUUUCAGGAGCCUAACUGCUAGAGAUUUGAAUAAAAAACACACAAAUAAACAUUUACAACGCACAAAGAAACAUUUAUCUCUAGAUCCUGUUAGGUCAGAGUGCUGAAAUUUUUAAGUUCAAGCAGUGCUGCUAACCUCCUCAAAUGUUUUUUUGAAUGUAUUGUGAUAUGCGAUGGGACGUAUGCAGAUUCAAGCAUUGUCUAGUUUUCUUCUAAUAGCCUAUGUAUUAUGCUAAGUAAAGCUAAAAACUGUAAACAA